AUGGUAUGGCCUUUCACAUCUAAAAAAAUACAGACUAGAGAUGAGUUUAGGAUACCCAACGACCUGGAUGAACUGUUGAAGCAAGAAGAGCCAACUUUAAGUGAACGCGAGUUCAAAUCAAAUUUGAAACAUCUUAGUGAGUUAACCAACCAUAGACCAAUAGAUCCUAAUCCAACUUUGGUACCCAAGGAUUCAACUGCCGAAGAGCAAUCGGAAAUACUACCUUCAGAACCCAAGGAUAAAAUUUUUACGGUAAAGACAGCUUUGUUUGAAAAUGGUCCGUUGCUCCCAGAUUCUAGACAAGAUCCGAAGCCGUUGACUCAGGAACAACUAAAAAACGCCAGAGAGCUGAGCCAGUACAAGAGAGAAAAUCCUUUACAUGCCUCUGUACUAGUCAAUUGUGCUGAGCUUCAAUUGGCAUUUUUGAACUGUUUGACAGAUGGAAAAUUUGCCGAAAGAAUGAGAGGCUGUAAUGUGAAAAAUAAUUUCUAUCAAAGUUGUUUAACCAAACAGUCUAUGAUUUUCAAAUUUUUUGAUUACAAUUCAAUGACAAGUAUCAGAGAGUUUGAGGAGAUCAAAUAUGUUGCUGAUAGUCUAUUCACCAAGUAUUAUCAGUGUUAUGAUGAUCUAUUCGAAGAAGAGAAGAAUGAAAAGUUUACUAAAGAACUUAGAGCAAAAAGAGAGGAGUUUCACAGUAAAUUUGGUAAAUAA